UUCAAAUGGUUGUAAGGAUACAGAACAAAAUGGAACAUCUCGCAUACGCUUAGUGUAUCAAAAUCCGCCUUCCUGCUCAUCUGAAUAGAAAGAAAGGAUGAAAAAAAAUAUUAAGCUGUAAUACUCAUGUAAACCUGAAGGGGGCGUCUGAAUAAAACCGAGAGACCGGAAGUGGAAAGGACUGCCGAAGGAGACAUUUUAAAAUAAACACUGAGCUAACAGCUAAAAGAGCUGGCGAAGCUCAGAGCGGACUGCGUCAAAGCAAAUUCGCGUUCAUGCAAGUUGCGUUUAUUUAAAGCGGAUUUGGUGUUUUGGUUUCAUUUAUUGGAAAACCAGAGAACUUAAUAUUUUUUUGAAAAUGUUGAAAAGUGCAACGCUGGAAAACGAAUACUAUAACUAACACCGUGGUGAAUUUCUGUCCAGGGACAUUGGUCCAAGUUUGGUGGACCUUUGGGCUCUGGGCUAAACAAGAUUAAAGAUGGCUGAUUUCUCAAGAGCAGAAGAAGUGUUGGAUGUCGAAUGCCCUCCUGCAUGCCUUGAUGAUCCUCAAUCAGCCACAGCCUCAGUUCAUGAAGAACAAGAUGAGCAUCUGAAAACGGAGACCACCACCAGUACGAGUUCACCCCCAAGGGAGAAGGAGAUAGACAGCCCCUUAAACACUGAGGGGGAGCAAAGUCUCCUUUCAAUGCCAUGCCUGAUGAAGGAGCUCCACAGAGACUCCCCAGAGUCCCAACAUGCAUCUAAAAGGAGUGACAAGCUUGUGUCACGUAAUAUCUAUGAAAGUGACUCUUCAAAUCCCUGCAUGCUGUCCCCUUCAUCUAGUGGGCACCUUGCUGACUCAGAUACUCUUUCGUCUGGAGAAGAGGGUGUUGUUCCACCUGCAGGAGGAGAAGAAGGGGAUGCUAUGGAGGCCACAAAUGAUCCUGGGCAAGAAUCAAAACAAACCUCUGCCACUGCCUCAGGAGGUAGGAAGUCCCGCCGGUCGCGUUCAGAGAGUGAGACGCCUCCCAGUGCGAUGGCUGCCAAGAAGAACCGCUGCCAGCCUACAAUGGCCGUAGCUGCUGGGCUGGAAACUAAUGGCAAGCCGACUAAAGUGAAAGGUCACCGGAGCCAGAAACACAAGGAGCGUAUACGUCUGCUGAGGCAGAAACGUGAAGCAGCAGCACGGAAGAAAUAUAACCUGCUGCAGGACAGCAGUACCAGUGACAGUGAGCUCACAUGUGACUCGAGCACCACCUCCUCUGAGGAUGAUGACACUUCUGGAGGAAGCAAGACAAUCCAGACAGAUAUUCCAGACGGGCCUCCUGUAGUGGGUCACUAUGACAUUUCAGACACUGAUUCUAACCAGGAGAGUAUAAAUGUGGAGGCAGUCCGGCCUACGGUGAUAAAGCAUGAGCUAAAAACACACAGAGGCCAGGAUUUGACAUCUCACUCUGGGUGUAUAAGAGCUCUGAGCUCGAUCGCAGGGCAAGUGGAGCUCCAGCUGUCAAACAAGGAGAGCUCUCAACUCAAAGCCCAGGUUAAGAUCGCCUCCUCUGACAGUGAGGUGGAAAUUGUCGAGGUCCAACAGAAAGCACGAUGUGCUCAUCCAUGCGGAGGGGUGAUAAAGAGUUUGUCUUCCUGGAAGGAAAGCUCAGUGGAGCACUUAAACAGCACAAAUCAGUCCCAGCUCUGGACUACAGUUUCCCCUCAGCACAACUGGGUGUCCCCUCCAGAAGUUGUGGACCUCACGUUGGACGAGGAUGCCGGGCACAAAUAUCUCCUUUAAGCAGCGGGUUCCCCACGUUUCCCCUCCCGACUCCUCCAGCCGGCCUAGUCUUGACGUGUCGGCUGAAAUCCUCAGUAGAUUUGCGGCCUUUUGCCUGUAACCGCUCGCGUACCGUUCCUGCACCAUAACAGUACGCUGUCUUUGUUUUUUGAACUUAGUGUUGAACAAUCCUCUUCCUGCUGAAUUUUUUUUGCCUCAUCAUUUAUUAAUUUAGUUGAAAUAACAGCACUCUAAGUGAUCUGUUAUUGAUAGCAAUAUCCUCCCUUUACUACUUGAUACCUCACCUGCCCCCCUUCAAUAACUGGUGUAGACAGGAGGGGGGGGUCUUCUGUGCAUCUACAGAUUGUAUGGAACAAGCUAAGAUCAGGCCCCUUUCAUGACUAUUACCUUAUUUCACUAAAAGCUUUGAAGAAGAGGCUUUCAGAUUGCGGCGAAAUGUAUUUGGUUGCAUUUCCAUAAAUGGAGUUUGCCGCCUAACCGUCAGGGUGAGAGUUUUCUUUCUUUUUAAGUAAAGUCUUAACACUGGAUGUGGUUUAAAUCAUUCACCUGCUUUAAGCUGUUCCCAAUGUAAUUAAAACUUCAGUAAGGAAAUGAAAGGAGCGGUCAAAUCCUGACUGCCUUGAAAGUUUAUUAAUCAUUAUCUUGCACUUAAAACCCACGUUUUUAUGCGUCUGUGUGGAGGGCGGGGGUCAAUCUUUAGGUCAAGCACAAACCUAAGAGUCACUCGUGAAUUUCUCAAACAAGGAGUGGCUUUUUUGUUCCUUCAACCUCUGAAUUUUCAGCUGGCUGUUGCGUUGUCUUUGGCAGUUGUGGCUUGGGUCUUAUGUGUUAGUAUGGAAAUGCGUAUUUCCAAACAGCUUGACUUUACUCUGACUAACUUAUUUCCCAAAACGUUUUUUUUUUUUCUUUUCCUUAUAAAAACAGAAACUCACACUUGAAAAAAAAACACACUAAAAAAAACAACAACCAAUCUGAAGCAUACAAACACUGCUGCUUGUGUUCUGCUAAGAAAUCCAUUCAUUAUGUGGUUUGGAAUGAAAGUUAAAUAUUUGAGUCCUGAGUAACUUGGUUUUUGGUGAAUGUACGGCCUUGCAGUUUUAGUUGAUGUUUUUACUUGUUUGCACACUGAUUUCCAAGAACUCCUUUUUAAAACUCUGGGGACCCCUUUCUGUUAACGGAGGAACUGCAUCUUCCACUAAACCCUGCAAAGCGUCACUUCCUGAAUGCCUUGACAAGUGCACUGUUUCCUUUAGAAUAGUGAAAAGCUUAUUCUUUUACACAAUAAAAGCCUCAACAACUAUUUUAUUAAAAAGAUGUAAAGCACACAGGUGCAAGGCAUUGUGGGACAUUUACUGAAUGCGAUGUUUUGACCCUGAACGACAGGGCCUGCUUGCUCCUCAGACCUUUUAUGUCCUCAUGCAGCCAAGCUGGUAUUUCGUUUUUGUAAAUAAUUCUACUCUAUUUUUAAUUUUCUGUAUCACACAACAAAUUAUAUUUACUUUCCUAAAAGAAAUUUGGGAAUAAUAAAGUCAUAUUAACUUCUGCUGGUCACAGAAAGGGAAAGUUCUUUUAGGAGACUAAACCAAAGUCUAACUUUUAUUUUAUUUUAUUUUGAUUUCAUUCAUUUCAUAGUUCCUCCCUAUUUUUUAGCAGAUUUUAAUUAGGACGUUUUGUGGAUUUAUUGUGAAAGGUUGUGAUCAUGAAAUGUUUCAAAUUGAGUAGAGAACUGUUUUUAUUUGGCCAGUUGUGAAUCAACUGUACUCUGCUGUAUUCAUCCUUCACUUCAGCUAAAAUAAUCAGUUCAGUUACAUUUUUUAGGAUUUACUGUAAAGUUUGUAAGACGGAAACAUCAUUUGUGAUGGAAACGGGCCGAGUUUCCAUGACUGGUUGCACAUUGCAGGUUGUAAUGGGUUUUUGUGUGUGUGUGUGUGUUUUUUUUCUAUCUAUCAGGAAUCUUUUCCAUUUCCAAUCAAUCAGAUUUUUUCUUUUUUUUAAUUUGUUUUACUUGUCAGUAUUUUAAAUUAACAAAGACAUGUUUAUUUUGUUGCUUCUUUAAGUCGCUGGCUUUCUUGGAAUAAAGUCAGUAGAACAAAAAAAUAUUUUGAAAUUAAAUAAAUAGUGCUAUUUGAAGAUCUCCU